CCACUGUGCAAGCAACAAAUUUCGCAAAAAGAAUCUAAAAUAAAUAUGGCGUUCCAUCAUGCUGCGUUAUUCUCAACGUUGAUAUUUUUCCUUUGGUUGCUCCUGGUGUCCAGCGCUCAAGGACGACGGGACUCGAAAUAUCCUCAAGUGCGAACUCCUCAACAAAGAUUAACUCGAGGCAUCGAACAUCUCAAAUACCACAACAUGGACCUGGGCACAGCUAGGGGAUAUGGAAAAAGGGCUGUCGACAUGCAUAACGUCAACAACUUCCUUCUCGAGUGGAUUGCACUGGAAACCAGGAUGAGGAACUUGGGGAUACCCAGAAAUCUCGUGAGAGAUCAAGACACUAUACCCGAAUGACUCAAUUUGUAAAUCGUUGAAUUAUUAUUGUGAUUAUUAUUUAAAUGCUGUACCCUGUUUGUAAAUUUCGUUUCCCACUGUAACAUAAUUUAAUAUUAGGCAAAUAAAAUUACUAUCGAUCA